ACACAUAGCCCCAGCUGAAGAGGAAGCUACAGACGACUCCAAGCCCAAGCCAAAGAUGUUUAUGCCAAAUAUUGCACCACCGAAGAUACCAGAGGGUGAGAAAGUGGACUUUGAUGACAUUCACAGGAAACGUCAGGAGAAAGACCUGCAGGAGCUGCAAUCCCUGAUUGAGGCCCAUUUUAUCCAGAGGAAGAAGGAGGAGGAGGAGCUCAUCGCCCUGGUCAACCGCAUUGAAAAGCGGCGAGCUGAGCGAGCAGAGCAGCAGAGGAUCCGUGCGGAGAGGGAGAAGGAGAGGCAGGCCAGGCUUGCGGAGGAGAAGGAAAGGAAGGAACAAGAAGAACAGCGCAAGAAGCAAGAUGAGGAUGCCAAGAAGAAGAAGGUCCUGACCAACAUGACUCAUCAGUAUGGAAGCAUCCAGCAGAAGGGUGAGGGUCGCAAAGGAGCCAAAAAACAAACUGAGAGAGAGAAGAAAAAGAAGAUUCUGGCUGAGAGACGGAAGGCCCUGAGCAUCGACCACCUGAAUGAGGACAAACUAAAAGAAAAGGCCACUGAGCUCUGGCAAUGGAUGAUGCAGCUGGAAGCGGAGAAGUUUGACCUCACAGAGAAACUGAAGAGGCAGAAAUAUGAUAUCACUCAGCUCCUGGCUCGCGUUCAGGAUCACCAGAGCGCCAAAGGCCGUGGCAAGGGCAAGAUGGGAGGCCGGCUGAGGUAAAGGGAGAAUGGCAGGUGGCAGCAGGAGGCUCCGGAGGGAAGCAGACAAAGACAGUGUGGCUGUUUUCCAGCUAUUUCUUGCUGCACUGGGAGCAUUCAAGUUCAUUUGGAUGUAUAAUAUGUACAAAUAAAGCAAUCACUGCACUG